AAUGGAGAGAGCGGACUCUCCCGGGGAAACGCUGGGAGGCGGGAAGAGGGAAAGUGGGCGGAUCUCCGCACACCUCGGCGGAAGAGGCAGAUUCAGGAAGCCAUUACGCAGCUGGCUGGCGGCGGCCGGGCGGGUCGGGACUGGGCCCUACGCACUUUGCGUAGCGAGGGGGGUUACCAAAGGCCUGGUGCUGGGCUUUAAGCAAACCCAGCCUAUCCCCUGUAGGGGGUGGAUGAGAAGCGAGGCUGAGGAACAAGAGAAGGAGGAUUGGGACGGUUGAGGGUAUUAUAAUUUCUUUAAAAAGAGGGGAGGGUAUAGACCAUGGCCGUCCCAGCCAAAAAGAGGAAGAUGAACUUCUCUGAGCGGGAGGUGGAGAUCAUCGUGGAGGAACUGGAGCUGAAGAAACACCUGCUGGUGAACCACUUCAAUGCCGGGGUCCCUUUGGCUGCAAAGAGCGCGGCCUGGCACAGCAUCCUGCGAAGGGUCAACGCCGUGGCCACCUGCCGCAGGGAGCUGCCCGAGGUCAAGAAGAAAUGGUCUGACCUCAAGACCGAGGUCCGUCGCAAGGUUGCCCAGGUCCGGGCCGCUGUGGAGGGUGGCGAAGCCCCAGGGCCCACGGAGGAGGACGGAGCUUGUGGGCCUGGGACAGGUGGUGGCAGUGGAGGCGGUGGCCCAACCGUAGCCCCCGUACUGCUGACCCCCAUGCAACAACGUAUCUGCAACCUGCUGGGCGAGGCCACCAUCAUCAGCCUGCCCAGUACCACAGAGAUCCACCCAGUGACCCUCGGACCCACUGCCACUGCAGCUGCAGCCACGGUCACCCUGACACAGAUCCCCACAGAGACUCCCUACCACACACUGGAGGAGGGCGUGGUGGAGUACUGCACGGCUGAGGCGCCCCCGCCGCUGCCUGCCGAGGCGCCCGUGGAGAUGGCGGCCCAGCAUCCAGAUGCAUCCGUCAGACCACAGGCACUCAAGAGCCGCAUCGCCCUCAACUCCGCCAAGCUGAUCCAGGAGCAGCGCGUCACCAAUCUGCACGUGAAGGAGAUCGCCCAGCAUCUGGAGCAGCAGAACGACCUGCUGCAGAUGAUCCGCCGCUCCCAGGAGGUACAAGCCUGUGCCCAGGAGCGCCAGGCCCAGGCCAUGGAGGGUACCCAGGCAGCCCUGAGUGUCCUCAUUCAGGUCCUCCGACCCAUGAUCAAAGAUUUCCGCCGCUACCUGCAGAGCAAUACACCCAGCCCGGCCCCUUCCUCUGACCCUGGACAGGUGGCCCAGAAUGGGCAGCCGGACAGCAUCAUCCAGUGAGGGCCAGGCUCAAGCCAGCCUCCUGCCAUGAUUGGGUGAAACCUCCUUGGUCUUGUAAGUGGGUUCUGUGAUUGGUCUUGGGCCAGCCGUGUGGACAGCUCCCUUUUCGAUAGAUGUUUAGGGGUCCACCGCCUCUGAGAAAUGAAGGAGACUGAGAAGAGGAACCUGCUGGGCUCCUGGGACCCCACCUUUUCCUUCCACCACUUGAACUUCCUUGCUGAGAUCUGGAAGAUGGUUAGCUGGGGGUGGGGGUAGGGGGUGGUGCAUGUACUGGUGAUGGGGCAAGUGUGGUCAUAAGCCAGGCCUUGUGAUGUGAACCAGACUUAGGGCCGCCUUACAGCAGGGAUCUGCUCCACCCUGGUGUCAUCCUUCUGAGUAAGCUAAUGUCAGUGAUGCUGGCAAUAGGGCAAUAAUCUCUUUUCCUUGGGAGGCAGCGUGACUGAGCCUGAGGAAGAAAUCCCACCCUCUUCUCCUUCCCACUAUGCCUCAGUUCUCAGGGUACCCUAGUGAAGGCUGUGCCCGCCCCUGAUGUACUUCCCCCAGGCCCAGAGCAGACCCCUGUUAGUGCUCUGGGUUGCCUCUGCAAUGCACCCAGGGUGCAGCCACCCUGGCCCAGGAACACCGUGUAUAAUGGGGAUGGUUUGGCCACACUCGUGUCUUCCAUGGCAUCUCUGGGCAGCCCUUUGGUGGCUUGUCCUGACAGCCUUUGAUUAGAAUCAAGUUUUGAGUGCUGUAACUUAGAGAAAGCAAACAAGUGUGGAAUCUUGGCGCCCACUGUACUGGAUCAAAGGGGAUCAGUUGGCUGUUUCCAGAAGCCUUGCUUUCAGCCAGUUGUAUUUACUCUGUGUGCAAACCCCUCUUGGAGGUCUUCCCAGGAGCUCUGUGGCUACGCCCUUCUGCCUUUCCUUUCUGCUGACGCCACAUUCCCAAAAUUCGUGCAAAAACAUAACUCUGCUCAGCAUCGCAUCCUGGACUCUUCUCCCUGGCCACGUUAUUCAGCGCCUGGUGUUCUCGUGAGAGUCCCUCCAACUGGCUGAGUGAAUCCAAAGCCACAAUUGACCACGAAUGUAUGAGGUGAGAGGUGAGACUGACCUAAGAAGUGGGACCCUUUGAAUCCUGUGCUCGGGGAGGAGCACACAGCCUGGGCUUGGAGAAAAGGUGCUGUUCCCUGUUCGUCUCGACGCUCUCUCCCGAGUCCUCUGUAUAGAUUUGACCCAGACGACACUUGUCUGUUUCAUUUCCAGAAUCGCGGAAGCCCUUGCAUCUCCCCAGAUCGUUUUCCUAGUUUGCUGUUUUGCCGCCGGUGCCCUGGCCGCAUGCGACAAGCAGAGACUUCAGAGCUCAGCUAAGCAAGUGCAGACGCUGCCCUGUGGGCUUGCAUGUUUAGAUUACUCAACUCCCCUGUUGCAGUCACAGGAAGAAAGUCACAAGUGAAGAUGUCUGGGGGCGACAACUGUCCCAACCCCAACAAUGGAAGAGGCCUGUUUGCAGUGCCAGCCACAGGGCAAUCAGCGGGUCAGGCUUACAGGGUCAGGUGGUCCUUUCAGCUUGGUUGGAAAGUGGCUACCAUCAGGCUUGGGCACACUCGCUCUGUGAAGCCCCAUGCCCCAGGUGGAGCUGCAGGGGCUCCCUGAGCUGCAAUGUGGUGUGGUUUUUCUGAGGUUGGAAAUCUGAGCCAAUAUUGUGUCCGUUCCAUUUGGGUAUAGAGAGGAAGCCUGAAUCACUUAAACCAACUAGGUCUUUCCAGGUCAUCAUUUUAAAUUAAAGAAGUAUCACUUUUUUUA